CCGCCUCGGACCCGCCCCCUAGACUGCCAGCUCCAGACCCGCCCCCGAGCUGCACAUUCGGCUGUAGGCAGCACACCACCUGGGCACACGGCCUUGGGGCAGCAGCCCAUGGAGUCAGGGCUGCUGCGACCAGCGCCGGUGAGCGAGGUCAUUGUCCUGCAUUACAAUUACACCGGCAAGCUACGCGGAGCGCGCUACCAGCCCGGCGCAGGAUUGCGUGCAGACGCUGUGGUGUGCCUGGCGGUAUGCGCAUUCAUCGUGCUAGAGAACUUGGCGGUGUUGUUCGUGCUCGGGCGCCAUCCGCGCUUCCAUGCGCCCAUGUUCCUGCUCCUGGGCAGCCUCACACUGUCUGACAUGCUAGCAGGUGCUGCCUACGCCAUUAACAUCCUACUGUCCGGGCCACUCACGCUGCGAUUGUCACCUGCGCUCUGGUUCGCUCGUGAAGGAGGCGUCUUUGUGGCGCUUGCCGCGUCGGUGCUGAGCCUCCUGGCCAUUGCACUCGAGCGCCAUCUCACCAUGGCGCGCCGGGGACCCGCGCCCGCUGCCAGUCGAGGGCGCACACUGGCGAUGGCCAUCGCAGCUUGGAGCGUGUCGCUGCUCCUCGGGUUACUGCCCGCGCUCGGCUGGAACUGUCUGGGUCGCCUGGAGGCUUGCUCCACUGUGCUGCCGCUCUACGCCAAGGCCUAUGUGCUCUUCUGCGUCCUCGCCUUCGUGGGCAUCCUGGCGGCCAUCUGUGCACUCUAUACGCGCAUCUACUGCCAGGUACGAGCCAAUGCACGGCGACUGCGAGCACGACCAGGGGCUAGCAAAGGCACCUCCACCCGCUCGCGCCGCACACCACGAUCCCUGGCGCUGCUGCGCACACUCAGCGUGGUACUCCUGGCCUUCGUGGUGUGUUGGGGCCCUCUCUUUCUGCUGCUGUUACUAGACGUGGCAUGCCCCGCCCGCGCCUGUCCUGUGCUCCUGCAGGCCGACCCCUUCCUGGGCCUGGCCAUGGCCAACUCGCUUCUGAACCCCAUCAUCUACACGCUCACCAACCGUGACCUGCGUCAUGCGCUCCUGCGCCUUGUCUGCUGCGGCCGCCGUCCCUGCAGCCGAGGCCCGAGCAGUGUCCAGUUAUCUGAAAGCGCUCCUGGGGCUUCAGGCGGCCUGCGCCGCUGUCUACCCCAGGACUUGGACCCCAGCUCCAGCCGCUCUGAGCGCUCAUCGCCCCAGAGAGAUGGACUGGACUCCAGCGGCUCCAAUGCGCCCACAGCUCCUCGGACCCUGGUACCCGAACCGGUAGCAGAUUGACGCCGUCAAUCUGUCAUUGACUUUCCCAAGAGUUCUUUUGCAGACUUUUUCUUUUUUAAAAGAGAAAUUUGUAGGAGACACAACCAAAAACGGUGGAGACAGAAGAGACAAAGGGAAAAUGUAAACUCCCCAAAAAGAACAGACAAAAAAUUUCCAUCCUUGUGGAAUUGACGUUCUGGUAGGGGAACCAACGGACAACACAGUGAUGUAAUAAUAAUGGAGAUAAUUCCAGUGACCUUACAGGGACGGUAUGGGACAGUGUAGAGGUGAUGACACAUAAUGUGAGCUGAGAUGUCAUUGUCCUGGGGAACACCUGAAGGAAGAGUAUUUCAGGAUGAGAAAACAGCAAGUGCAAAGAUCCUGAGGUUGGAAUGUGCCCAUGUAUUCUAUGAAAAGCUAGGAUCUCCAUGUGGGCAGAGCAGCAGAUACAGGGAGAGAAUGGGAGGAGACAAGAACAGGAAGUGACUGGGCAGAAUGUAGAAGACCCUGUGGAACCUGGAAUUUUGCUCUAAAGGAAGUUAGAGUCAGGAGGGGUUCUAAGCAAAAGAAAGGACUGGCCCUGAUUCAGGUGUUCACAGGCACCUUAUGGCCAGUGUGGAGGGCAAAGAUGGAAGGCAGAAACAGGUGAAGGGACAGCACUGACCCAAGGAGUAAUGAGGGAGACCCCCACUAUGCUCACACUUGGUGAAUUCUAGAUAGAUUUUGGAGGUAGCAGACAGAAUUCCUAAAAAAUUGGGUGUGAGAAAGAGGGAAAGAAAGCUGUCAGGAACAAUGCCAAGAGCAGGGCAUCCCAAAAUUUGAUUCUGGGAGACUCAGCCAAAUCCUGACAACAAAAUUUCUUUGAGUGUAGUGUCAGAUAAUUCAUUAAAAAUAAAAUUGUAAUAAAAUGAGUGGUUACAGUUUAUAACGCUUGGCUAGUCCCCUCCACUGUGCUAUGCCCAGGAAUCACUUAUUUUUUUCACCCUCUUGUAACCUUGUAAACUAGCUGUCCUUUUCCCCAUUUUACAGAUAAAGAAACUCCAAGCAGUGAGCACCUCUC